CGUUUCUGCUUUCUGGACUCCAUAUGCUCAAUACUCUUCAUGCGACAACGACGAUCAUUAUAAUUUCAGUCGGCUCUUAGCUCUUUUAAUGGCGGGAAGUGGGAAAAGGAUGGAAAUUGAGAAGCACCCAGUUUUCAUUUUCGCUUCAGUGUGUUACCGAGGAUGUUGAGCUUUGGAUCUGCUUUAGGUGGACUAUGAAACUGGGGCGGGCAUGUAAGAUGAGUCAAACCAUUAUGAGCAGUAGUGACAGAUCUCGGACAUACUGGACUCCAACGAUGGAGCGCUAUUUUAUCGACCUUAUGUUAGACCAAGUGAAACGAGGAAACAGGGCGGGACAUACCUUCAACAAGCAAGCCUGGGCAGAUAUGCUUGCUGUGUUCAAUGCGCAAUUUGGUUCUCAGUAUGAUAAAGAUGUCUUAAAAAGUCGUUACUCAGCUUUGUGGAAGCAGUUUAAUGAUGUCAAGAUUCUCCUUGGGCAGAGUGGGUUUUCUUGGGAUGAAUCUCGACAGAUGCUGGUAGCUGAUGAUUAUGUUUGGGAUGCUUACAUUAAGGCGCACCCGGAAGCUCGUUCAUAUAGUACUAAAUCAUUCAUGAAUUUCAACGAUUUAUGUCUGAUAUAUGGAUAUACAACUGCCGAUGGAAGAUACAGCAGAUCAAGUCAUGAUGUGGACUUCGAUGAUGAUGUUCAUGGAGUGAAUUUGGUUGAGGGGUUCUGUGGCCAAGUACCAUCAACUACAGAACGGCUUAGGACAGAUUGGACCCCAGCGAUGGACCAAUACUUCAUUGAGCUGCUGCUGGACCAAGUGGGAAGAGGCAACAAAUCUGGUGAUACAUUUAACAAGCAAGCAUGGAAUGAUAUGCUUGCAUCUUUCAAUGCAAAAUUUGGCCCUCAGCACGGAAAGAGGGUUUUGAGACAUCGAUACAAGAAAUUGUGGAAGUACUACAGUGAUGCCAAAGCACUUCUGAAGCAAAAUGGAUUCUCAUGGGAUGAGAUGCAACAGAUGGUUACUGCUAAUGAUGAUGUUUGGGAUGCUUAUAUCAAGGCCAAUCCACAUGCACGGGCAUAUAGAAAGAAAACCUUGCCAAACUACAGCGAUCUAGCUCUGAUAUAUGAGAGCACAUAUGACAAUUAUAGUCAAGUUCAACAUAAGGACCCUCAAGAUGAGAAUCCAAAAAUAAAACCAGGUGAAGGGAAAGAUAGUCAGAACCGUCCUUCUGGUGAUCGUACGAGAACAUACUGGACACCGCCAAUGGACCGCUAUCUUGUUGAUUUGUUGCUGGACCAAUUGCUCAAAGGAAAUAAGCUGGGUCAGACAUUCAUAACUCAGGCGUGGACAGAAAUGACUGCAUCUUUUAACACAACUUUUAGAUCUAAAUAUGAGAGAGAUGUUCUGAAGAAUCGUUACAAGCACCUGAGAAAGCAAUUUAACGAAAUUAAGAAUCUUCUCAAGCAGGAUGGGUUCUCAUGGGAUGAAUCUAAGGAAAUGUUAACAGCUGAAGAUCCUGUAUGGGAUGCUUAUACCAAGGAACAUCCUGAUGCUCGAGCAUACAGAGUCAAAACAUUGCCAAGCUUUCACAAGCUGUGUGUUAUAUUUGGUGAAGAAAGUUUUGAUGGAAAAUACAGCAAAUUGACUCUCAAUAUAGAUCCUGAUUGUGAACUACCUUUGUUGAUCCCUGGUGAGGAUGAAAUUGGUCAAUAUACGAGUAGUAUCAAUUCUUUAGCAAUAGUGUGGACAGAACAGAUGGAUCGAUACUUUAUUGGCCAAAUGCUGGAGAUAGUGCAUGGAGGGAAUAGGAUCGGUCAGAUAUCUGACGGCCUAGAAUGGAGUCAUAUUAUAACACCAUUCAACGAAAAAUUCGGGCUUCACUUUGACAAAUCUAUUUUGGAGGCACGCUAUGCCUUCUUGAUGAAGCAGCAUGAUGAGAUCAGCAGUCUCCUUAGUCACAGCGGGUUUGCAUGGGAUGAAGCCCGAGAAAUGGUUACUGCAGAGGAUCAUGUCUGGGAGGCUUAUAUCAAGGAUCGCCCAGAAGCUAUUGCUUACAGGAAUAAAAGCUUGGGUAUGUAUAAUGGCUUACGGAAGAUUUGUGCUGUUGGAGUACUAGCAGAAAGCUUCAAUGAGCAGGGGUCAAGCGUGAUGGAAAGGACCUGUAAUGCCCAGGAAAUGGAAGGAGAUCGAACUUUUCUGGAUCAUCGAUACACUUCAUUGGAAUGUCAAGAGACUGAUCGACAGAGAAAAAGGCCAGGUUCAGAUUCGACUGAGGCGGAAAAGUCAGGUAAAAUGCUGAAAACCAAGGCUCAGCUUCCUGCGGAUGAUUAUGAUGCGACAAUGAUAUCAGAAAGUCUGAAAGAGCGCAAGAACUACACCAUGGAAUGUGCAAUUAGUGCCCUGCAAGCAAUAGCGGAUGUGGAUGAUGACCUCCUCUUGGAUGCUUGUGAUCUCUUAGAAGAUGAGAGAAAGGCCAAGAGAUUUCUUGCUCUUGAUGCUCCAUUGAGGAAGAAAUGGUUGCUGAGGAAACUUCGUCCAUAGUCAUUCGUGUUCGUACUUUGUCAUUGUCGAGACAUAAAUGAAAUUAGAGGUGGUCAUUCAGUGUUCUUUCUCGAGAAA